CCUGCUGUUUAAUACCGCAGGAACUGCUAUAAAAACUCUGCAGCUUGAAAUCGCACCCCAGCCAUCUCUGUCACCUUUUACAGCCCCAGAGCUGACUUUGGAUCUUUAACGUUGAACCAUGUGUAAAGGACUUGCCACACUUCCUGCAACAUGCUUGAAAAGUGCCAAAGACAUCAAGCACAAAAUCAGCUUCUUGCUGGAUCAGAAACAGACAAAGGAGAAGACUGCCAAUGCUGCUGCUGCUGCUGCUGCUGCUGCUGCGAAGAGGGUUCCUUCUGCAGCUGAAGGGGAGAAAUGGAAGGAAUCGUUCAGCAACGUAAUGAGCAGUGAACUGGGUCGCUCAGUCUUCACCAGCUUCCUGAGGUCAGAGUUCAGUCAGGAGAACAUGGACUUCUGGGUCGCCUGCGAGGGCUACAAGAACACUGACCCAUCAAAGUUUACAACAAGAGCCAAGCAGAUCUAUCAGCAGUUUGUCAAGGCAGACGCUCCCAAUGAGGUAAACUUGGACGCUGCGACUCGAGACUUAACGAAGCAGAAGUUGGAGAACGCCUGCCCGUCUUGUUUCGUCGAAGCUCAGAAGAUGAUCUACACCUUGAUGGAGAAAGACUCGUACAGGCGCUUCCUAAACUCUCAACUGAUGAGAGAUCUGUGUCAGACACGGAAAGCUGCUACUGAGGAGAAGAAGGAGAAGAAAAAUUGUGACUCUGCAGAGAACAGGCAGGCCGUAGCAGGAGGUGCUUAAAGUGGACGUGAACAGAGACGACUGGACGAAGGUGCCAAAGAUGGCGAUGAUGGAGAGGGUAGACGGUGGUGAACAGUGUGUUUGUGUCCAGUGUUAUAUCGAGGUUUGCUGUGAACAAUACAUGUCCGCUUAUUAGCGCACUUUAAUGUAACUCAGUAUUGCAUCAACAUUGGGUCAGGUAUUUUAAAGUCAAAGGUGUAUAGUGAGUGGUUGAAGUUUUAAUAUCAAUCCUUUAGGAUACAGAACAUGUUGAAAUGUCAGCUUUGCUUAUAAUUUAUUUAUUUUUACUUAUAUUUAUACACAACCUGCCUGUGGAGGCAUGGCCAGGUUAUCUUUAUACUUACAACAAAAAUCUAUAUAAAGCUGCUGUACUCCCCACUCUUUCAUAACAUCCCUCAUGGGAGUGCAUCGUGUUUUGAGAGACUGUAAAAGUGUCCAACACGAAGUUAAAUAUCAAGUUUUCUCUCUCUCUGUUAUGUAUGCAGGAGAACACAGAAGCAUUUUGCAUUCACCUGAGGAAAUGAAUUCUGCUCUGUUUUUCUGGAUUAAUGAGAUAAUUACCUCUAAAUUACAAGUUACGUCUUUUAUGACAGUGUGAACAGCCCGAGUCACAUGGAAUCUGAUCUUUUCAAAUCCGACUGGGACACUUUCAUAUGUGGAUGCUCACAAAAAAAUUGAGCAGAUUGUUAUUUUCUCAUUUUCAUGCAAUACAACUUCUGUCGAAUGUUAACAUUUCUUUAUUGAGUAUAUUUAAAUGUCCUUGCACUCUGAUAUGUUACAUCAAAAUGUAUCCUAAAGAGUAAACGUGAUUGUAUGUGGAUAUUUAUAAAAUGAUUAUGUCAUUGUCAUAUUUAUAUUACGUCUGUGACAAUUCUUGAAUAAAGUGACGUUUUUGGAUAAUCUGAA